AUGUAAUUUUAAAUCAUAGGCAAAAAUGGUGUAGGAAAAAGAACUCUUAUUGAACUAUUGUAAUAGCAUUUUCAGUUAGAAUUGGUUACAUCUAGAGCUGAUGUUGCAAUCUAUUUAUUUGACAUUAGUGAUCAAAACAGCUUAGAGUACUUAAAAAAUCGUUACAAUCCAGAAAUAUAAAAUAAGAGUACAUAUUUGGUUGGCAAUAAACUUGAUCUCACAGAUCAAAGAAAAGUUUCGAGUAAAAAUGCUUCAUUUACAUCUACAAAGGUGAAAAUGCCCAUAAAUUCUCUGCAAAGUAUGGCAUGAGCUACCAUGAAAUAUCCUGUAUUACCAAAUAAAAUGUUAGUCAUCUUAUUUAUGUAAAUAUUAUUAAUUUAUACAUUUAGACUCUUUAAUUAUAAAUGUAAUAAAGUGGAAAUAUCUCUUAUAGAUAAUAAAAGUCAUCUACAAUUUCUGUUCUUAAAUUUAAUCGAAUUUCAUUAAAAAAUGCCAAUGUUUCUCAUACUGAAAGUGAAGUCUCACCAAAUUCAAUUAGAAUAGAUAAUUCAUAAAUAAAUAAUAACCAAAAAAUUAAUUCUACACAUUCAUUCAGAUAAAAUGAAUUCAAUGUCAAUUAAUCUUAAAUUCAUUUAAGAAGAGUCUAAACUUAUAUUUAAGAUGAUUAAGAUUCACCUUUAAAAAAAAAAAUAGAUGAUCUAAAUAAUUCUAAUCUUAAUAAUUCAUUAACUAGUCCAUAAAUUAUAAAAGAUUAAAUUAUAAGUUUCUCAAAUGAAAAUACACAUAACAAGACUUUAUAAUAAACAUAAUCUAAAUAAUAGACUGAAGUUAAUUUAAAUAAAUUAAAUUAAAUUAGCAUUGAUAACACUCCUAAAAAUUCAAGAAUUAGUAAAUGGAUUGAUAAUGAUACAAAUAAAAAUUAAACUUAAAAUUAAAAUUCUUAAGUAAUUUUUUAAAGAUCUCCUUCUAAACUAUAAUCUUAAAUUUAUACAAGUAGAUCGGCAUUUAAUGAGAUGAAUAACUCAUAAGAUAAAUUUACAACUAUUUAAGAUUAAAUGAAAAAUGGAUUAGAUUAAUUUAAAUAAUUUUUAGCAGAAAUUUAAGAUAAGAAUUCAAAUGAAUAUUAAAAUUACAUCUAAAUUAAAUUUGAAAAGGUUUUUGAUAGUUUCAAUUAAGAUUUAUUUUAAUAAAAUGAAAAAUAGCUAAAAACAGAAAAAAUGCCAUAAAAAAAAGAUUCUAUAAAUAUUUAUGAAAUAUCUGAAUUAAUAAAAUAAGAAAAUCAAAUUAAUAAUAAGAUAAAAUCAUUUCAAAAUAAUUAUUAUCAUCAUUAAAUUAAAUCUCCUCCAAUAACAAAUCAAUAAAAUAAUUAAUCUAGUUAAGAUUAUAUUUCUAAAAUGACUACUAAUAAGUCAUUCAAUCAACCUUCUAAAAGUACAAAUAAAAAUACCCUUAGAAAUAAAUCUCAAACAGGUAUCGUAGUUUAAUUAAGAGAAUAAGUCAAUACAUAAUUUAAUAGAACUCCAGAAAGAUCUUUAAAUUAUAAAUCUAUCACUCCAAAUAAGUAACUCAUUAAAUGUGUUGAUCUUGAUGAUAAUAAUAAUUAAAAAUUAUUCUCUCUCUAAUUUAAACUUAAAACAGGUAAAGCUAUUAAUAUAGUUAUGAAAAAAAAUGAUAAUCUAAUCAAAAUUGCUCAAGAAAAUGCUUAAAAAUAUAAACUGGAACAUAGUGCAUAUCUUUAAUUACUUAAAAUUUUAAAAGAUAAAUAUAGAACAAUUUUAGAAAAUGAUCAUAAGUGA